AUGGAACCACAACCAAAGAACGUGUCCGAAGAGAAUGUCAAUACCCAUCAGAGCCGCCUACUAGUUACAUCCUCGUAUUUGGUGGUCGCCAUUCGGGACAACGGUGCAUGCUCCACUCUGCGUAGCGUUGCCAUAAUUUAUUUCGCAUGUCCGCGGUUCCAGCGAGAACUUAUCGAGUUUCCACGCACAUUGCCACAAGAUGUUGAAGUUGCCGUUCCCGUUCAGGGCCGUUGCGUUUCUGGAUCAUUCCUCCCUAGAGGAGUCAGUCUCCCACUGUUGACAUGUAUGCCAGAUGGGCGCUGGUGCACGACAAAUCAGUGUGCACGCCCACAACAACUUGAUGCUCGCAAAAGUUUGGACCGCCUAGAGGAAAUCUCAGGAAAAUGUGUUUGCAUGCCUGGCCACGGACUUUCCUUGGAUCAAGCUACAAAGCAAACCACAUGUCGGCUGUGCGCUGAAAAUGAAUAUAAAAUACUUCCUGGUUCCACCCCCUGCCGCCCUUGUCCCAAAUACUCUUAUCGGCCACAGAACAACACGAAGAGGGCUUCUGAAUCAGUUGCUUAUCUUGCACUUAAUGCGACUCGCAGCAAUUUCGUGGAAACUUAUACGGAGCAUUCCGUUGCAAGCAGUGCGUGUUUAUGUCUGUACGGUUAUUAUCGACAUCCAAAAUUGGAUACCGAAGAUUCUGCUUGUUCCAGUGGGUUGUUUGAUAUCCAGCAGAGCGAAUGCAUUCAGCACGUCUCAGUUCUUCAUUUGAAAGGUGAUCCUCGAGCUAAUCUCUCUUUUGAAGUAUACUUUCCAACUUCUCGACUUUAG